GUGUCGGCACUAGGAAGGUGUAGCUUCAUCUCGCGCUCUGCACAGCCCGUUCAUAUAUCAACUGCGAGCGAUUGAAGUCCGUUUUAUUUCGUUGUAACUCGAGGUGUCGUGUAACCGGAGCCUGUUUUUGACUCGUUACCGCUGAGUUAGCAAGGCAACAGCGGAUAAAUCCGUAUUUACAACUCAAAGAAGGCCUAGCGCGUGCGCUCGCGACGUUUAAACCACCGUUUAUUAUUGCAUGUGCAGCCUCAGAUACGCGUUACGAAAGUGAGCACGCAGUUGAGAAGUUGAAUAAAGCGAAUAAACAAACGAGGGAUCGUAGGUUUGUGCUAUGGGCUUACUGUCACAAGGGUCACCGCUCAACUGGGAAGAAACCAAGAAACAUGCUGAUCACGUUAGAAAACACGGCAUCCUGCAGUUCCUCAACAUCUACAAUAAAGUGAAGGAACGACAGAAGGAUGUGCUCAAAUGGGGAGACGAGGUGGAGUACAUGUUGGUGGAGAUGGAUGAAAAAAAUGAAACUGUCCGUCUUGUUCUAAAUGGGAAAGAUGUUUUGGAAACCCUACAGGAGAAAGGUGAAAAGAUCAACCCCAAUCACCCCACUCUAUGGAGGCCAGAGUACGGCAGCUACAUGAUCGAGGGAACGCCCGGACAGCCGUAUGGAGGGACCAUGUCCGAAUUUAACACCGUGCAAGACAACAUGGACAAGAGGAGGAGAGAGGCUUCAUCUGUGCUCCAUCAGAACCAAACUCUUCUCACAGUCACAGCAUUCCCCAGGUUAGGCUGUCCUGGCUUCACACAGCCAGUGUACAAACCAACACCUGUUGAAAGAGGAGUGUCCAAAUCUCUGUUCUUUCCUGACGCGGCCAUCAACAGCCACCCAAGAUUCAGCACCCUGACCAGAAACAUACGCCACAGAAGGGGUGAGAAAGUGGUGAUAAAUGUGCCCAUUUAUAAAGAUAGCAAAACCCCAUCCCCGUUUGUAGAGACGUUCCCAGAAGAUGAUGGCGAGGCUGCGCGGGCGGCCCUGCCCGAUCACAUAUACAUGGACGCCAUGGGCUUUGGCAUGGGAAAUUGUUGCCUGCAGGUGACGUUCCAGGCAUGCAGCAUCAUUGAGGCACGGUAUCUCUACGAUCAGCUGGCCACUUUCUGUCCAAUAGUGAUGGCUCUCAGUGCCGCGUCACCCUUCUAUCGUGGCUUCGUAUCAGACAUUGACUGCCGCUGGGGUGUGAUCUCUGCCUCUGUGGAUGACAGAACUCGAGAGGAGCGGGGACUAGAGCCACUGAAAACCAAUAAAUUCAGGAUCCACAAGUCUCGGUAUGAUUCGAUUGACAGCUACCUGUCCUGCUGCGGUGAGAAAUAUAAUGACAUUGAGCUAACCAUUGAUGAAGACAUCAACAAACAGCUGCUUGAUGCAGGCAUUGACAAACUGCUGGCGCAGCACAUCGCACAUCUCUUUAUCCGUGACCCGCUGUCACUCUUCGAGGAGAAGAUUCAUUUAGAUGACGAGAACGAAUCGGACCACUUUGAGAAUCUUCAGUCAACCAACUGGCAGACAAUGAGGUUCAAGCCGCCCCCUCCAAACUCUGACAUUGGAUGGAGAGUCGAGUUCCGUCCGAUGGAGGUCCAACUGACAGAUUUUGAGAACUCUGCUUAUGUGGUUUUUAUCGUUCUUCUCACCCGUGUCAUCUUGUCCUAUAAGCUGGAUUUUCUCAUUCCAUUAUCAAAGGUUGACGAGAACAUGAAGGUUGCCCAGAAGCGGAACGCCGUUCAAGAGGGCAUGUUUUAUUUCCGGAAAGAUGUCUUUAAAGGCUGUAAUCCGGUGUUGGACCCCCCCACCACGGCUCAGAACGGAGUGGAUAGUGACUGUAAUGAUGGUGAAGAGUUCACACUGAUGAGUAUCGACACCAUCAUCAAUGGGAAGGAGGGAGUAUUUCAGGGACUGAUACCAAUGCUGAACAGCUACCUUGAGAACAUGGAGGUGGAUGUGGACACGCGCUGCACUAUCCUCAACUACCUGAAGCUCAUUAAGAAGCGCGCUUCUGGUGAGCUGAUGACUAUGGCUAAAUGGAUGAGGGAGUUUGUUGCCAAUCAUCCUCAGUACAAGCAGGACAGCGUCAUUACAGACAAAAUUAAUUACGACCUGCUGCACAAGUGCGACAGAAUCGCAAAGGACGAAGAGAAAUGCCCAGAACUGAUCGGAGAGCCAGUUAACAGGGCAAAAUGAAAUUGUGCCCACUCAGAAAUAGUGUUGUCAUAUGAGAAGUCCCUUUGCAUGAGAACGGAAGACCAAAUAUGUGAAAAGAAGCGGUCCAGAACAACAAAUGUGUUUGAUGAGAGAAUUGAAAAUGGCAUGUGUUGAUUGCCGAGCUCAGCCAAAUCUUUGUUGAAUUUGUAAAUAUCAGAUUUUUAUGAUUCGCAAAUAAUUUGAAUAACUUCAAAAGAUAAAAGAUGUAAUUGCAGUCGGAUAUGUACAUAUUUCACGCAGCUCUCGGUUUGUGUGAGAUGAUGUAAAUGUAGCAGACACUAAAUUGAACAUUUAGUGUGAGUUUCCUUGUUGAAAUGUAUUGUAAAUACUGUACUUCAUCAGGCAUUAACAAGUGUACUUUCUUUUUUAUAAUGGACAAAUCCGUUGAAUUGCAUAACAGAUUAUUAUCCCUGUUGGCAUUUAAGAGGUUUAAGUAAUAUUGUACCAAGAUUGAAUUUAAGACCCACAGAUUUGGCACUGAAACUGAUUUCUUGAUGGGGAACUAUGUGUGCAGCACUGACUAAACUCAUGUAGGAUUUCAUUUGGGAAACAGUAGAAGACUGUAGUGUUGUGCAUUGUAUUGUGCUCACUAACAAGUCAACAUAUAAUUUUUAAAGCCCAUUUAAUUUAUUUUAUACUAAAUGAAUGCUUAGUCUUCUUUAGUUAAGGUUAUGGCAUCAAUGCUAUGAAUGCUGGUGUUUUGAGUCUACCACUAGAGGGUGCUGAGGGCCUUUUUUUAUUACAAUGCUGAAAAAAUGAAUUCGAUUCAUAUGAAGAAUGUGAUUCUUUUAAGCUAUAGCUUGUUAGCUUUAAUGUCUGAAUAUGGCUUGAAAUAAAGUGAUUC